UUGGCUGAAGAGCUCUCAGCCUUCUCAUGAGCCAAUGAGAAGAGGCACGCGGAUGGCGUCAGACGCUAUGCGACUCCUCCCACCCACGCUCUGGCAACGCGUCUGGAGACCGCGGAGGCUUACGUCGGACCCGGAGACCCUGAAUGCCCCAUGCGCACUCUACAGCUCGCGCUCCUGCAGGUGUUCUUUCUGAUGUUCCCCGAUGGCGUCCGGCCUCAGCCCUCUUCCUCCCCAUCAGGGGCAGUACCCACGUCUUUGGAGCUGCAGCGAGGGACGGAUGGCGGAACCCUCCAGGCCUCUUCAGAGGCGACUGCAACUCGCCCGGCUGUGCCUGGAAUCUCUACAGGAGUCCCUACUCUCGUGACUCCCUCGGCGCCUGGGAAUAGGACUGUGGACGUCUUCCCAGUCUUACCGAUCUGUGUCUGUGACUUGAUUCCUGGAGCCUGCGAUAUAAAUUGCUGCUGCGACAGGGACUGCUAUCUUCUCCAUCCGAGGACAGUUUUCUCCUUCUGCCUUCCUGGCAGCGUAAGGUCUUCAAGCUGGGUUUGUGUAGACAACUCUCUUAUCUUCAGGAGUAAUUCCCCAUUUCCUUCAAGAGUUUUCAUGGAUUCUAAUGGAAUCAGGCAGUUUUGUGUCCGUGUGAACAACUCAAACUUAAACUAUUUCCAGAAGCUUCAAAAGGUCAAUGCAACCAACUUCCAGGCCCUGGCUGCAGAGUUUGGAGGCGAAUCAUUCACUUCAACAUUCCAAACUCAAUCACCACCAUCUUUUUACAGGGCUGGGGACCCCAUUCUUACUUACUUCCCCAAGUGGUCUGUAAUAAGCUUGCUGAGACAACCUGCAGGAGUUGGAGCUGGGGGACUCUGUGCUGAAAGCAAUCCUGCAGGUUUCCUAGAGAGUAAAAGUACAACUUGCACUCGUUUUUUCAAGAACCUGGCUAGUAGCUGUACCUUGGAUUCAGCCCUCAAUGCUGCCUCUUACUAUAACUUCACAGUCUUAAAGGUUCCAAGAGGCAUGACUGAUCCACAGAAUAUGGAGUUCCAGGUUCCUGUAAUACUUACCUCACAGGCUAAUGCUCCUCUGUUGGCUGGAAACACUUGUCAGAAUGUAGUUUCUCAGGUCACCUAUGAGAUAGAGACCAAUGGGACUUUUGGAAUCCAGAAGGUUUCUGUCAGUUUGGGACAAACCAACCUGACUGUUGAGCCAGGCGCUUCCUUACAGCAACACUUCAUCCUUCACUUCAGGGCUUUUCAACAGAGCACAGCUGCUUCUCUCACCAGUCCUAGAAGUGGGAAUCCUGGCUAUAUAGUUGGGAAGCCACUCUUGGCUCUGACUGGUGAUAUAAGUUACUCAAGCCAGGGUAAUGGAAGUUGCUCCGUUAACAGACAUGAAGUACAAUUUGGAGUGAAUGCAAUAUCUGGAUGCAAGCUCAGGUUGAAGAAGGCAGACUGCAGCCACUUGCAGCAGGAGAUUUAUCAGACUCUUCAUGGAAGGCCCAGACCAGAGCGUGUUGCCAUCUUUGGUAAUGCCGACCCAGCCCAGAAAGGAGGGUGGACCACGAUCCUCAACAGGCACUGCAGCAUUUCAGCUAUGAACUGUACUUCCUGCUGUCUCAUACCAGUUUCCCUGGAGAUCCAGGUAUUGUGGGCAUAUGUAGGUCUCCUGUCCAACCCGCAAGCUCAUGUAUCAGGAGUUCGAUUCCUAUACCAGUGCCAGUCCAUACAGAAUUUCACUCUUGUUUCCCAGCCUGGAGUACAGUGGUGUGAUCUCGGCUCACUGCAACCUUCGCCUCCCAGGUUCAAGUGAUUUUCCUGCCUCAGCCUCCCGAGUAGCUGGGACUACAGGCACCUGCAACCAUGCCCAGAUAAUUUUUUGUAUUUUUAGUAAAGACGGAGUUUCACCAUGUUGGCCAGGCUAGUCUCGAAUUCCUGACCUCAGGCGAUCCACCCACCUCAACCUCCCAAAGUGCUGGGAUUACAGGCGUGAGCCACCAGGCCCAGCCUCUUGUGAAAUUUUUUUCUCAGAAUAGCAAUAGCUUAUCCAAAGAAAGCUAGUGUACAUCUUCUGAAGCUUUUAAAAUAAAGAAGAGGAGGAGUUACACUUGCAGAAUGUGUAUCUUCUGGGAUGCUUCUCCCUACUCCACUGGACACCGUUUGAAAGUUUGUAGUUUAUAAUAUUCUUACCUAGGCUGUGUUGGUCAGCUUAGAAUAUCUAAGUGAUAGCAUAAAACUAAAGCUGAGUGGCAAACUGCCAGUCUAUAUGCUGCAUUUAGUCUAUAGACUUGUUUUGUUUGGCUCACAAAGCAUUUUAUUAUUUAAGUUUAUGCCAACAUUUAAGAAUCAAGAAUUUGCCCAGACAUCCAGAUUUCUGACUUCAAUUGAAAAUCUGACAGUAUAAACCCUAUUAUAUUCCUGCAUGGCAUAAAAUCUUCAGUUACUGAAUGGUGAUACCCACUUUUAGAAAGAGUACUCUACCCUGUUCUGCAUUCAUACAACCUAAGCCAACCCACCCUUCACCAUCCCACUUCGCUUUCAGGUUAUCUGCUUGGGCUGGUAGGCAUUUGUGUUUAUAAACCUUGAACUCAAGCUGCUAGAUGGUCAGUUGCAUUGUGAACUGAACCAUCUGAAUGAUUUUUCAUUGUAAAUAUAUAGCUAUAGAAACACUUUAAAUUCCUCUUUCUAUGAAAAGUGAAGUAGCAAAAUUUUUGGACCAUUCCCAAGGACAAACAAUAAAGUAGAGGGAAAAUACAGCAAAAAAAAAAAAAAAAAAAAAAAACAAACUGUGUAGACUUCACUGUCUUCUUGUAUGAUUAUUAUAAUAGAUAAACAUUUAUUGAACAUUUACUGUGUGACAGAUACUAGUGGUAUUUUUUAUCAGUGUUUUUUGUAAGUGUUGAAUUCUCACAAAAAACCCAUAAGGUAAACAGCAUUUGUUUAUAUGGUAUUCUGCCACUUAUAAUUUUAUACUAUUUAGGAUUCUAAAGGGAUCUUUAAAUUUGAGAAUUAAUAAAACACAUCAUAUGUCAUGUCUACAUAUAAACCUUUUAAAUUAAAAAAUAAAAUAUAUCUCUAGGAAGAAACAACUAGUUUUAAGGAAUAUGCAGUAUCAAUUGAAACCAAAACAAUAAGUGAAUUUAAAGGACAAUGUAGCGUCACAGGACCGCGGCUCUAAGCCUUUCUAAAAUUAUAAUAUUUAAUUCAUGUUUAUCACCAAGUGAAUCAUUCUACUCUUUAGAUUAUCUAGGAGAUCCAUUGUCUGCAGUUUAUAUGGUAAGCAUGGGCUUUGAGCCAGACAGACCUAGGUCUGAAUCAAGUUAUUUUACUUCUCUAAAUCUGUUUUCUCUUCUAUAAAAUGGAAAUUAAUAAUACUCAUUGGGUCGUACAGAUUAAAUGAGAUCAUUAAAGUAAAACAGCACAGUUCCUGGCACAUAGUAUAUAUUCAGUAAAUAUUACUCUUGAUAUCAUCAUUAUCAAUUUUAUCAUCAUUAACUUUUUUGGUUCCAAGCUUCUAUAGAAGUGGCAUAUCAAGAAGUUUUGAGGCAAAACAGAAAAGAGAAAAGCAGGUAUUAAAGCAAUGUUUUUCAACCUUUGUUGACUGUCACCCAUGGUAAGAAAAUGUAUUUUAUAUCAUGACCGAGUUUACAACACACAUGUACAUAAAAUAGACAUAAAAGUUUUAUGAAACAAUGCCCUUACUAUACCCAGUGCACCCACAAUUUGUGAUUUUCAGUAUCACAACAGAAAAUGUGAUAUUUUCUGGCUGGGCGUGGUGACUCACACCUGUAAUCCUAGCAUUUUGGGAGGCCAAGGUGGGUGGAUCCCUUAAGUUCAGGAGUUCGAGACCAAGUCUGGCCAACAUGGUGAAACCUUGUCUCUACUAAAAAUAUAAAAAUUACCUGGAAAUUACUCAAACCCAUGAGACGGAGGUUGCAGUGAGCAAAGAUCCUGCCACUGCACUCCAGCCUGGGCGACAGAGCAAGACUUUUUCUCAAAAAAAAAAAAAAAAAAAGAUAUUUUCUAUUCUGGUUUAUUCUGGUUUUGUUUUUGUUUUUUAAAUGCUAGACACAACCCACUAGUGGGUCACAAUUUGCAAUUUGAAAAACACUUUCAGAGGAUACAUCUCUGACUAUAUUUCAUAACUUUUAUUUAAUAAAUGUCUUUUAUUUAUUAUGAUUGAAAGUUGGCUAUGUUUUAUACCACGGUCAAAUAACAUAUGCUAGAAAAAUUGCCAAUCUAGCUGUCUGUUAGUGGUUCUGAAUCUCAUGGACCCCAUUGAGAGAAUCUGUUUAACACUAUUGACUUACUAGAAAAAUGCAGAUGUGCAACAUUCCUUAUAUUGUUCCAGGGAUUAUUGAUUUUUUGAAGCCAGGCUAAGAACCUCUCCCACAAUCUUGUAAUUAAACAGGUUAGCAUACUAGGAAAGAUAAGGAACAAUAAUUAAGAGUAAUUGAACGUUAGAUUUUAGAAAUAAUUGCUACAAUAGUAAGGGCUAGGAAGUGACGGGAUUAGUAAGAAGGGAUUCUCUUUUUCUUUUUUGUUAAUGUCUUGGAGAAUACUAACUGACCUCUCUUUCAAUAAGGGACAGUUGCAGCACCACAAGUAGACUUAAUAACCAUGACUCAUUAGUAGUUUCUGUCACUGAAAUCUUUCUUUCACAAGGAUCAAUCAACCACUAUUUGCCUUUAUCUCUUAAUGAACUAUUAGACUAUAGAAGUACUUUGCCUCCUUCUGUUUCCUAAUAGCUAGCAUUGAAGAAACUGACCUAGUUCAUUCAGCUGGGGUUUAUUUUUUAACUAUUUUGUUACCUUUUUUUUAAAAAGAACUUUUCAAAGUUUGCUUAAUGUUUCCUAUGUUAAAAUAUAUAACCGGCCAGGCGUGGUGGCUCACACCUGUAAUCCCAGCACUUUGGAAGCCGAGACAGAUGGAUCACUUAAGGUCAGGAGUUUGAGACCAGCCUGGCCAAAACAGCAAAACCCUGUCGCUACUGAAAAUACAAAAAUUAGCUGGGUGUGGUGGCACACGCCUGUAAUCCCAGCUACUCUGGAGGCUGAGGCAGGAGAAUUGCUUGAACCCGAGAGGCAGAGGUUGCAGUGAGUCGAGAUCGUGCAACUGAACCCCAACCUGGGUAACGGAGCAAGACCCUGUUUCAAAUAAAAUAAAACAUAUAACCACUUGAAAUCUCUCCCUGAUACAUGACAUUUAACCACCUUUAUCCUGUAACAUAUUCAUUCUCAAUGACUCCUUUGAAAAUUUAGAUAACUUCAUUGACAUCUUUAAAAUAAGUUAGGGAAUUUAAAGAUUUUCAUUGGCUUCUCUCUCAAAUAUGUUUAUCCCUAAGGAAAAAAAAUGGAGAUAUUUAAAGAAAAAUUACCUUUACAUGGACAUUUACAACACACUUUAUUUAUUCAUUCAUUCAUUCUAGAGAUGGGGUCUUGCUCUGUCACUCUGGCUGGAGUGGCAAUAUGCUUUAUUAAAUAAAGUCUAACGUUCAUAAUAGAAAUCACCAUAUCUGAUUGUGCUAAAUUAAAAGAGACUUGUAGAUAUAACAUACAGAUUCAGUUUAUGUUUUUGGAUAGGAUUCUGAUUUGGACAAAGAAAUGUAAAGCACCUUUUGGGAUAGUUAGGGAAACUUGAAUAUGGACUAUAUUUUAGAUAGAAAUGUUAUUGACAUGAAAAGGUAGACACUAUUUUUUUUUUUUUCUAUACUUUAGGUUUUAGGGUACCUGUGCACAAUGUGCAGGUUUGUUACAUAUGUAUCCAUGUGCCAUGUUGAUUUCCUGCACCCAUUAACUCGUCAUUUAGCAUUAGGUAUAUCUCCUAAUGCUGUCCCUCCCCCCUCCCCCCACCCCACAACAGUCCCCGGAGUGUGAUGUUCUCCUUCCUGUGUCCAUGAGUUCUCAUUGUUCAAUUCCCACCUAUGAGUGAGAACAUGCGGUGUUUGGCUUUUUGUCCUUGCGAUAGUUUACUGAGAAUGAUGUUUUCCAGUUUCAUCCAUGUCCCUACAAAGGACACGAACUCAUCAUUUUUUAUGGCUGCAUAGUAUGCCAUGGUGUAUAUGUGCCACAUUUUCUUAAUCCAGUCUAUCAUUGUUGGACACUUGGCUUGGUUCCAACUCUUUGCUAUUGUGAAUAGUGCCGCAAUAAACAUACGUGUGCAUGGGUAGACACUAUUUUUUUAAAGCAGAUUACAAAACAGCCUGUACAGUAUGAUCUCAUGUGGUUAAAAAUAUACAUAUGGAUAUCUGUGUGUAUAGAUAAAAUAUAGAUAUUAAUAAUGGUAUUCUUAGCGGUAGAAAUAUGGUUUUAUUAUUUUUAUUUAUAUUCUUUAACUUUAUAAUUUACUGCUUUUGUAAAAUUAAACUUAAAGUCACUAGGAAACUCUAAAAAUAACUAGAUGUUAUUUAAAAAUGAAUUUAUUCAGUUUCAUUUACAAUACCAUGGAAAAAUUACUUAGGAACAAUUUAGCGAAAAGAUGCAAGAUCUCUUCACUAUAAAACAUUACUGAGAUAAAGGAGAUCUAAAUAAAUGGUUCGUGAAGAGGACUUAACAUUAAGAUUUCUGUCCUCAAAUGGAUCUAUAGAUUUAAUGCAGACCCAAUAAAAUCCUGGAAGGCAUUUUUAUAGAAAUUGAUGAGCUGAUUCUAAAAUUUAAAUGGAAAUGCUAAGGACUUAGAAUAGCCAAAACAAUUUUGAAAAAGAACAAAGUUAGAGGACUUACAGUACUUGAUUUAAAGACUUACUCUAAUUCUCAGACAGAGUGGUACUGUAGUAUAAGGAUAGACAAAUAAACCAAUGGGACAGAAGAGAGUUCAAAAAUAGGUUCAUAAAUCACAUCAAUUCAAUGGGAAAAAUUUUAAAAAGUACUUAUCUAUUUACUUCUUAGAGACAGGGUCUUAUUGUGUUACAGCCCAGGCUGGAGUGAAGUGGUGCCAUCAUAGUUCACUGCAGCCUUGAAUUCCUGGGCUCAAGUGAUCCUCCUGCCUCAGCCUCCUGAGGUAGCUAGGACUAUAGGCACAUGCCACCAUGCCCAACUAUUUAAUUUUUUGUUGAGACGAAGUCUCACUAUGUUGCCCAGGAUGGUCUCAGACUCCUGGUCUCAAGUGUUCCUCCAACCUUAGCUUCUCAAAGUUCUGGGAUUACAGGCAUGAGCCGCCUACCCUGAAAAAAAAGAAAGUUUCUUUUUUUAACAGUUGGUGCUGCUAAAAUCUCAGAAUUCACUAUUAAAGAGCUCAUUCCUGUAACCAAAAACCAUCUGUACCUCAAAAACUAUUGAAAUUUUUUAAAAGCUGGUGCUGGAACAACUGGAUGAAACUGGAACUACUGGGUAAACAUAUGGGGGAAAAAUUAACUUGUAUCACAGUCCAUACAUAGAGUACUUAUGUCUGGAUCAUAGACCAAUACAUAAAAUCCAGAAUUAUAAAGCUUCUAAAAGAAACAUAAGAGACUAUCUUUAUAAGUUUGAAGAAAGCAAAGAUUUCUCAGACAAGAAACAAAAAAAUCAUUGACCAUAAACUUUAAAAUUGAUAAAUUGGAUGUUAGCAAAAUUAAAAAUCUCUGCUCACCAAAAGAUACCAUUGUGAAAAUGAGAAAACAGGCUAGUUUGGGAGAAAAAGUUUCUCAACAGUUUGUCUGACAAAAGACUCUUAUCUAGAAUAUAAAAAGACCUUUUACAAAUAAAUAAUACAAUGACAAACUAAAAAUAGGCAAAAGAUUUGAACAGAUACUUCAGCCUGGUGCAGUGGCUUACACGUGUAAUCCCAGCACUUUGAGAAGCUGAGGUGGGCGGAUCACUUGAGGUCAAGAGUUUGACACCAGCCUGGCCAAUAUGGUGAAACCCCAUCUCUACUAAAAACACAAAAAUUUGCCGGGCAUGGUGACGCAUGCCUGUAGUCCCAGCUACUUCAGAGGCUGAGGCACGAGAAUUGCUUGAACCCGGGAGGCAGAGAUUGCAGUGAGCCAAGAUCAUGCCACUGCGCUCCAGCCUGGGCGACAGAGCAAGACUCCAUCUUAAAAAAAAAAAAAGAUUUGAACAGAUACUUCACAAAUGGAGAUAAACAAUUGAUCAAUAAACAUAGAAAGGUAUUCAACAUCAUUAAUCAUUAGAGAUAUGCAAAUUAAAACCGUGCGCUACUACUUCAUGCCCACAAGAAUGGCUAAAACAAAAAAGACUGACAAUCAUGUUCCAAGAACAUAGAACAACUGGAAUUCUCAUACAUUGCUAGUAGAUAUGAAAACUGGUCUAAACUUUUGCAAAUGCAUCUUCUGUAUGAAUCCGCAAUUUUACUCCUAGGUGUUUACCCAAGAGACAUUAAAACAUAUGCCCCAAAAAAGGCUUGUGCAAGAAAGUUUAUAACAGCCCUAUUCAUAAUUGCUCAAAACUGGAAACAACCCAAAUAUCCAUCUUGAGGAGAAUGGGCAAAUUAUGAUACAUUCACACAAUGGAAUACUACUUAGCAGUAAAACAGAAUGCAUUACUGAUACACAAAACAACGUAGAUGAAUGUCAGAAACAUUUGUCUUUAGUGAAAGAAGCCAGACACACACACACACACACACACACACACACAAAUAAUAAUUAAUUUUUAAUGAUAAAAGUCAGAAAAGUUGUUACUUCUGGGAAAGGGACAGAGAAUAGACUGGAAAGGGACACGAUGGAGCUCUGAAAUGAUGGACAUACUCCAGACCUUGCUUUGGGUAUUGGCUAUAAAGCAUAUAUAAUUGGUAAAACUCAUUGAACUAAAUACUUAAGAUGUAUAUAUUUUAUUGUUUAUAAAUUAUACCUCAAUAAAAAUAUUAAAACCAAACAAAAAGAUAUUUAAAAAAAACAUGAGAGGCCGGGCACAGUGGCUCACGCCUGUAAUCCCAGCACUUUGGGAGACCAAGGCGGGCGGAUCACCUGAGGUCGGGAGUUUGAGACCAGCCUGACCAACAUGGUGAAACCCUGUCUCUACUAAAAAAAAAAAAUACAAAAAAUUAGCUGGGCGAGGUGGCAGAUGCCUGAGUCUGUAAUAUAUGUGUCUGAUAAAGUUCUUAUAUAUGUAAAAUAAGGAACUCUUAAAGCUCAUUAAUGAGUUACACACUUGUACCAAAAAUGAAUUUGUUCUAGUUGAUAGACUGAAUGCAGCUACAAAAACACACCUAGAAGAUAGUAUCCACAAUUUUUUCUUUAAUAGUUUUUAUUUGUACUGAUUUUACAUAGGAUAUUAACAUAUAAUGGUUUAAAAAUCGUGAUCAUACAGAUGUAAUAUAUAGGGUGUACUUCUUAUUACCAAAGCCAAACGUAACCUAAUCCAAGCUCUUCAUGUUGUUAUAAAGUAAAUCUUAUUUUGGGACAAAGGAUUUUAUUGUACCGUAAAUUGAAUUGAAGCAAAUAACUCCCCAAACUUUACAAAGUGUUAAAACAAAAUUGCUGGUGGUAAUUUCUUAAGUAAACAUCAGAAAUAUAGCUUAAAGCAGAAAUAAAUUAAGUCAACCAUACAUAACAGAACUGGACCCACAGUAAAUGAAAUGUGCUGACUGGGCUAUGUAUCUUUUGUCUGUCUUGAUAAAAGAAAUGAGGUGACCAGAUUUUGAGGGAAUUAUUUUUCCCCAAUGCUCUUCCUGUUGCACACACUAAAUAAACAGUGAAUUAUCUAAUUUUGCCUAUCUAUAACUUUUAAAACACAAAUGGAAAAACUUUAGACUUGAUGUUCAAAAUAAAACACACUGAAUAUACUCAAAGAACCUUGUUCUUCAUGUGAUACUAAAACUCAAAUUCUAAAAUGGGUCAAUAAGCUGGUGCAGUGGCUCACACCUGUAAUCUCAGUACUUUGGCAGGCUGAGGUGGGAGGAUCACUUGAGCCUAGGAAUUCAAGACCAGCCCAGGCAACAUAGUGAGACCCCAUCUCUACAAAACAUCAAAAAAUUAGCUGGGCAUGGUGGCAUGCACCUGUAGUCCUAGCUACUCGGGAGGCUGAAGUGGGAGGAUUGCUUGAUUCUAAGAGGUCGAGGGUACAAUGAGCCGUGUUCGUACCACUGCACUCCAGCUUGGGUGACAGAGUGAGACCCUGUCUCAAAAAAUAAAAUAGGCCAAGCAUGAUGGCUCAUACUUGUAAUCCCAGCAUUUUGGGAGGCAGAGGCAGGUGGAUUGCCUGAGUCCAGGAAUUUGAGACCAGCCUGGGUAACAUGGCAAAACCCUAUCUCUACUAAAAAAAAAAAAAUACAGAAAAUUAGCUGUGCGAGAUGGCACACGCCUGAGCCUCAGCUACUCGGGAGGCUGAGGUGGAAGAAUCACCUGAGCCAGGAGAGGUCAAGGCUGCAGUGAGCCAAGAUUGCACCACUGCACUCCAGCCUGGGCAAUCAGAGUGAGACCCUGUCUUAAUAAAUAAAUAAAAAUAAAUUUUUUUUUAUAAAAAAUUCGGUAUUAUCUGGUUACCUAGUAAGUGCAAUUUAAGCUCCUUUUAAUUGGACUAUCUACUAGGCUGCAUUUACUCCAAACUUCUAUACAAUUAUGGAGGCAAUUUUAAAAAUAAUUGCAGAAUAAGCAUUUCAUUUGAAAUAUUUGUUAAUAAAUACAUGAAUUAAUUAAGCACAACCAUUAAGAUCCUAAUUACCAUGUGAUGGGAAGGAAAAGGGGUCAAAUAGAUCUGUAACUGCUAACUCUUAAAUAACUGUGACAUACCUUCUACUUUCUGAUUUAUUAAUCUCUUAUUAUGUUAGUUCCCUACCUCCAAAAAAAAAUCUCCAUUCAUUUGUUUAAAAAAAAAAUCUUUAUUGAGUGCUUACUCUGUGCCAAGUACUAUGCCUGGAACUAGUUAUAGAGAGGUGAAGCAGAUAGACAUCAUCCAUGGAAGGUCUGAGACACCCCUGAGGUGAACAGUUCUAAUCUGUGUAGAAAUUCACUAGCAGAUACUGAAGGCCUGAACUUGGGUGGGAGUUUGGAGGGCUUUGAGAAGUGACAGAAUUCAGAUUUAGAGAUGCCACAGGUAAGACUUGGCUAUGUAGAUGUGGAGGUUGAGGGGGAAGGAGUCAAGGAUCUAUGUGUUAUUUUGAUAAAUUCAUACACUAUGUGAUGAUCAAAUCGGUAUUUAGGAUACCCAUCACCUUGAACAUUUGUCAUUUCUUUGUGGUUGGGAACAUUUAAAAUCUCCUCUUCUAGCUAUUUUGAAAUACACAAUAUAUUGUUAUUAAUACAGUCGCCCUACUAUGCUGUUGAACACUUAGUUAUCCUUGACUUACCUGUUUCACAGAUAAUGUAUUGACUUUCUAUUUUUGUAGAUCGGUUAUUUUCCUCCUACCCCUCCCACCACUCUCCCAGUGUAUUUGCAUCAAAUUAUUAAAUCAGUAUUCAAUGUUUCAUCAUGAUGUUUAUGUAAAUAUGCAUGCUGCGGCAAGUAUUCAAUUUUUGUGGAACUUUUUAUUUUUUCUGAAAUUAGUAAUUACCUAUUUCACUCUUAGUUUUCUUUGAGCUAAUAGCUAAGGCUUCUCACACUCUUCAACAGCUCUGUAAAAUUUCCCUCAAUGCAGUUUUUCAAACAGUUGAACUUGCCAUAUUAUCUGUCAGUUCCACAUUUUCCUGCAUAUUUUCUUCAUGGAGACCUCCAUAACCCCAUAACCUGAUGUAGUGUGGGCUAGUUGCUGCCCCACAGUGGUCAUGGGACUUUCUUGUACUGCCAUCUAGGGAAUUAUUCUUGUCUUAGAUUCACUGUUCACUGAACACUACUUCUUCCUUUUUCUUGGUUUAUUCUUUUAUAUUUAUGGAGCUUAGAGUCUAAUAAUUUGGGGGGGGAAGAUGCAUGUAAAGUAUUUUUUUUCUUUAGUUCACAUUGUCUGAAAAUAUCUUUAUUCAAUCAUCAUCAUCCAUCAUCAUUAUGCUUAAAUGAUCAUGUGGUUAGAUAGAACAUUCUAGAUUGAAAAUUAUUUUCACUCAAUCUUGAAGGCAUUCUUUCAUUGUCUUCUAGUUUCCAAUAUUGCUGUUCAGAAGCCAUUUUAAGAUCUUUUUAUUCUUAAUAGUCUGAAGUUUUCACAAGUUUUUGCCUUAAGUAGAUCUUUUCUUCAUUCAUUAUACCGAAUUUUUUAUUCUGAAACUCAGUUCUGAGAAUUUUCUAUUAUUAUUACAUGAUUAAUAAUUUCCUUCCCACUCUUUUCUCCUAUCUCUUUUUUUUUUUUUUUUUUUUUUGGAACUCCUAUUAAUCUGUUAGGGUGUCGCUAGAUUGAAUCUCUAUUUCUUUUUCUUUUCUCUCGUUGUCUAUCUCCUUAUCUUUUUGUUCUUCUGAAAAAAGAUUCUCAACUUUAUCUUUUAACUUUUUUACUAAAUUUUUUAUUUUGGCCAUCAGAUUUUUAAUACCUAAGCUCUUUCUUAUUCUGUUUCUUUUCAUAAUAUCUUUUUUCAUGUAUCUCUGAAGAUACUAACAACUUUGCAUCUUCAUCUUUCAUUGUCUGUGUUUCCUCAGAGUUGUUUAUUCUGUUCAUUUGGUACAGUUUUUCUCUUUAUUGUGAGAAACUUUCCCCAUGUUUGUCAAUCUUCAACUCUCAAUCCAAAAUAAGAUUAAGCUGUUAAGCUGACUGAAAGCUCUGUGAUUGUGGGUAACACUGACUGACUUGUGGCCUUCACUGUGGAGCAGUUAGUAUCUUUGUGUCUUUGCUGGAACUGUUAAUUUUUUCCAGAGAAAACUCUCAAGUCUCCUGACUGAAGGGUAUGGCUGUAAAACCAUCUUCAUGUAAAAUGAAGUAAGCAUUUUAGAGCUAAAUUAGAGAAGGGAUAAUUCCCCAUUUUUUGUUCCAUGCCUCACUCUGUCCUUCUCUAUGCCCAAUGUCCCUGAGUCCAGAAUUUCUCUGGCUUAAGUUGUUUAGUCUCUUGUUGAGGGGGAGAAGGAAUAGUUGGCUGAUUGCAUUGAAGGGAUAUCAUUCAGUAAUGAUUUUCCAUCCGCCCCUCAUCCCUUCCUCUGUUACCUCCUGUCACUGAGUCUUUAGAGUUCCACAGAGAAAAUCUGCUUGUGUCUAGUCUCUGAAAACUUUCAGGUUUGGCCUUCUUUCCCUCUGUUAAACCUUGCUGCCAUCUGCUUUCUGUUUUCACAUAUUAUGAUGUCUCCCCAGUCCAGUGAACAUGGAGUUUUCGUAUCUGUUUCUUGUUGGAUUGGAGUGGUUUUAAGAUAUAGGGAGAGAAGACAUGUCUUUAUGCUGCUGUCUUCAAAUCUAGUAGUAGCUCUUAAUGAGCACAUAUUCUGAGUGACUCUGAAAGAACAACUCAGUUCGAACAAUUUUUGUCACGUGGGGUUUCUCAGCCACUGAAACACCACUAUAAAGAUAUUAGUAUAUAUACUUGAGCAGACAUUGGCCUAAAGUUUGCCUUCUUGGGUUAAUAGUUAUAUUAGAGUUCAAUUCUAGGUAUGGGAUGGCCUCAAGUAUACAGAAAUUCCUUGAUUUGGGAGUUUAAGGAGGCUAAUGAUACUCUUUUUCCCUACCUAAGUUUGAAACCAAUUAAAAGGAGUCAGAUAAAGAUAAUCAAAUAUCAGUUUUAUUACUAAUUAAUGCUAGGUGGAUAUGAUUUGGGUAUAUAGCAGUGUUCAAUACCACACUCUUCCAUCAUGAGACCACUAUCCCAAUUCCAACCACAGCUCCUUUGGGAAUUCUCCUGGGACUGCUAGUGGGCAAUUUCAAAUCUGCCCUCUUCUUAAAAGCUCUGAAAUAAGUUAGAAUAACACAUUGAUUCAAUCAACUUCUAGACAACACUGAACCCAUAACUGAAAAAUCAUUCCCUAUUCCGUUUCCCAUCCCAAAGUAUUUCUCACCAUUUCAGCCAGUAUAGGUCACCAGGCAUUUUGCAGUGAGUUUACAUAACAAUAUUAACAUGCUUCAAUAAUGUCAGCUAUAAAGAUUUGCUCCAAAAAUUGAAUAUAUGUCCUCUCCCCAUUAUAAAAUUCCUGAAGGAAAGCUAAAGUCCUAAUAGUAAAUCCUUUUGUAAGUUUAAGUCAAAAGAAAGUUUAUUACUUACUCAUAGGUAAUACGUUCUUAUCCAUUUUCUUUCUCUGAUUAGUCUCAGCCAGUUUUCGAUGCCUGGCUGGAGUUAGGAAUCCCUCAGCAGCUUCAGCCCGGGCUGGCCAUCCUUGUAAUGUAUGUGGUUCUUUCAGUGCCUCAGAAGUUAUAUUUAUCCUAUGCCAAGUCCCUCAUGAGCCUAUGUUAAAAAAAAAAAAAAAAAAAGGCCGGACACGGUGGCUCAUGCCUGUAAUCCCAGCACUUUGGGAGGCCGAGGCAGGCGGAUCACUAGGUCAGGAGAUCGAGACCAUCCUGGCUAACAUGGCGAAAUCUUGUCUCUACUAAAAAUACAAAAAAUUAGCCAGGUGUGGUGGCGGGCACCUGUAGUCCCAGCUACUCAGGAGGCUGAGGCAGGAGAAUGGCGUGAACCUGGGAGGCAGAGCUUGCAGUGAGCCGAGAUCGCGCUACUGCACUCCAACCUGGGCGACAGAGCGAGACUCCAUCUCAAAAAAAAAAAAAAAAAAAACUAAAGAAUUAAUUUGGAUGCAAGAUUAGCACAGGACUGACUCGAUACCCACUUAAAAACAAACUUUGGGAAGCUGAGGCAGGAGGAUCACUUGAGGCCAGGUGUUCGAGAUCAGCCUGGGCAACAUAGCAAGAUUAACAUGGAAAUUUUCCUAGGACUAUAAACAGCUAUUUUGUUAAACUUGAAGAUUUUCUUCAUUCGCCCUCCUUCAUUCUGAUGCACAUAUUAUGCAUCAGAGAGGGCAGUUUCAAAUAUGCCCUCCUAAAGGCUCUGAAAUGAGUUAGAAUACCUUAUUGAUUAAAUCAACUUAUAGACAACACUAACAACUGCCUCUACAAAAAAAAAAUAAUAAAAAUUAGCCAGGCCGGGCACAGUGGCUCACACCUGUAAUCCCAGCACUUUGGGAGGCCGAACUGGGCGGAUCACUUGAGGUCAGGAGUUCGAGACCAGCCCAACCAACAUGGUGAAACCCCCGUCUCUACUAAAAAUACAAAAAAAUUAGCUAGGCAUGGUGAUGGGUGCCUGUAAUCCCAGCUACUCGGGAGGCUGAGGCACGAGAAUCGUUUGAACCCGGGAGGCAGAGGUUGCAGUGAGCCAAGAUUGUGUCACUGCACUUCAGCCUGGGUGACAGAAUGAGACUCCAUCUCAAAAAAAAAAAAAAAAAAACUUAGCCAGGUGUGGUUAUGCACUCCUAUAGUCUUAGCUACUCAGGAGGCUGAGGCAGGAGGAUCACUUGAGCCCAGGAGGUCAAGGCUGCAGUGAGUGAUGAUUGCACCACUCCACUCCAGUCUGGGUGACAGAGCAAGACCCUGUCUCUAAAAACAAGUGACAGUCCCUAGGAGAGUUAUUCCAGGCAAAAUUAUGUUCCCAGAGCUUGGUACUUACUGUUGCCAAAGACCACAGCAGAUGCAUAAUAUGUUCAUCAGAGUGAAGGAAGGUAAAUGAAGAAAAUCUUCAAGUUUAACAAAAUAAUUAUUUACUGUCCAAAAAUUAUAAUCAAAAGUUUGCUUGUUGAGCUGAGUCAAAACAAGGGAAUUCAUUUUAGAUAAACAUGAUUCCAGACAUCAUCAGGCUGCAGCCAUAUCUACCAAAGCUACAUCUGUUAGGUCAGAUACUUGAGUCAGUUUGACAAGAUCCCUUCUUCCAGGAACAUCUGUUUUAUUUGACAUGAAUUGGUGGGUGGUGGAAGGAUCCUUCCAACCCUGAGAGUCUGUCAGUGACCUUUCUUUCUGCCAUUGGAGAAGGAAUAGAAUUGCUACUACUACUUCCACUUGUACAUAUCUACUGUUUCAGAGCCUGGAGCCUUCUGAUAGAGUAGCGUGGCUAAGCACCUAAGAGCAGCAGUUUUGCCAUGUGGCCUCUGAUAUCAGGCAGCUCCCCAGCUAGGGGAAGCUAGAGUCAGGGUUUAGGUAGGUGUAACUGUUCAGUUCUGCUAUCAUUGACUGUUGCUAAGAUAUUCAUUUCCUUGUGUCUCACUGAAAGAGAACUACGUAGGACCGAUAUGAGAUAAAGGUAUAUCUUGCUUAGAAUAAUUCAUUUCUCUCUUCAGGGAAAGUAAUAAUAACAGCCAAGUUAGAGUGCUAUAUGAAUGGGUACCAAGCACUGACCUGUCAUUGACUUUCUU